CCCCGUCCAACCCCACUCUCCCGGACUCCUCCCCAAAAGAACCUCUGGGUAAGCGAGAGGAGGGUCCAGGUGAGUUCGGCGGGAGGACAGCGAGGUGGCAGAGACCACACCACCUGAAUGCUGGCUGCCUCGAUUCACAUUCACACGAGUGAAUGUCACGGCGCACGCCUCCAGCGCGACUGUGUACCCCACGCACAGCCCCCCGCGCGGUGGAGUUGUUGAGCUCAGCGCCCACACUCCUAGCUGCUCAGAGUGCACGGCAGAGUUCCGGCCACAGACCCACUGAACCGCAGCAGGAGUACAGGAGGGCAGGUCGCGUUCAGUACAGGUAGGCACUCGGCGGAGGACUGCGGCGCGCUCAUCUGUGCGUCAUUUCUCCGCGCCCGCAUGCUGCCAGCUGAUUGGCCGGUGGGCUCGGGGGCGUGGCCCCAGCGGCUGAGGCGGUCGGCGGCGCGCGAGCGGUUGGUCCAGCGUUCGGGUCUCGCGGGGACGAAAUCCGGUUCCGUGCUUUCGGAGACUGGCCGGCGGCAGGCAUGGCUGGAGCCCCAGCGCCGGGCAGCAGAAGGCGGAGCGGGCCCCAGGCCCCCAGUCCCGGCCCGCCGCCCAGCAUCCGGCAGCCUCCGAGCAAGCGGGCCCGGGGCUUCCCCGCGGCCGCAGCUCUGGACCCCGAAGACCCGUUCGGCCCUCACGAGGAUUUCACCGCGGACGACCUGGAGGAGCUCGACAUCCUGGCAUCACAGGCCCUGAGCCAUUGCCCGUUCGCGGCUCGGGAUGUGUCCAGUGCUCAGAAUGUGCCCAGAUUAGAUGGAAUGCCCCAAAAUCCUACAGGCAAAAGCAGAGAAAGUGUUCCAGUUAAAGAUAAUUUUGAAUUUGAGUUACUUCAGGCCCAGUAUAAAGAACUUAAAGAAAAGAUGAAGGCGAUGGAAGAAGAAGUCCUCAUUAAAAACGGAGAAAUCAAAAUUCUGCGGGACUCGCUGCACCAGACAGAGUCCGUUGUAGAGGAGCAGAGGCGAUCACAUUACUUCCUGGAACAGGAGAAAGCUCAAGCGCUCAGCGACAAAGAGAAGGAAUUCUCCAAAAAGCUCCAGUCGCUGCAGUCCGAGCUCCAGUUCAAAGACGCAGAGAUGAACGAACUGAGGACCAAGCUUCAAAGCAGUGAGCGAGCAAACAAACUGGCUGUUCCCUGCACCUCCCACGGCAGCCCUAGGAAAAGCCCCUCUGUGGUUCCAAAGCCAGAAGCAUGUUCUCCGCAGCUGGGAAAGCCAUCUUUCCCUACAAAGGAGUCUUUCAGCGCCAACACCUCCCUCCCCCAGCCCUGCCAGACGGAGCCAGCAUGCAAGGCGCUGGCGGGCAGAGAGGUUUCAGAAAAUAAGACCCACAGUCUGGGAGGUGACCCCGUAAAGCAAGAAGAGUCCCCCAAAAAAUGUCUUGUUGACAGCCUGAUGCAGACAUCGAACACUCGAGGUUCCAUCUUGAUAAACCUUCUUCUGCAGCAGCCUUUGACCCCGGGGUCAUCUGUCGGGCUGUGUCACCUCCUGAGCAGCGGCUCUGAGGCUCCCGCCGGCACCCUCUCGCAGCCACUGGGGUUCGGCAGCACCUUGCCUGGGAUUUCAAGCCUCAGGACCACCGGAUCUCGCGAUGGGCCGUUCCCCGUCUCGGCCCUGAAAGAGGCGCAGAACCUGGCACUUACUGGACUGAGCAUGAUCGCCAGGGACGAAGGCUCGUGCGACAGGGACCCGGCGGAGGGCGGCAGAAGGGCCUUCCCACUCUGCCGGUUUCCCGGGGCCGUGCACCUCCUGCCGCUGCUGCAGCUCUUCAUCGGCGUUCACUGCCGGGCUCUGCAGGACUCGUCGCUGUCGGUCGCCAAGAGAAGCGGGGCCCCUGGGGACUCACCAGCCCGCGCCUCCCGCGUGAGCCCCAGGGCAGAGGCCAGCGCCGAGGACGCGCUGUGCCAGCUGGAGCCCCUCUGUGUGGCCUCGCUGAGCGUCCUGCGGCACCUGGUGUGCCACAGCGGGGCUGUCGUCCGCCUGAUGCUGUCGGGAGUGGGGGCUGGUUCCGCUGCCGCCGGCGAGGGAGACCCCAGCCUGGCUUGCCCUGGGGCCGGGGCGUCAGAUCCCGGGGGGCUUGCCGACCGCCAAGGCCAGCAUCCGCUGCUGAAGAUGCUUCUCUGCCUGCUAACCUUGUCUUCUGCAACACCGGGUCACCUUCAGGCCCAUGUCCUCAGCCAGUGCCUUCAGGUGUUGGUGAAAUCAGCUGAAAACUCUCCCUUGGACCUCUUGCCCAGGCUCCGGAGUGUGUUCCCCGUGCUACCGCGCUGCCUUAGCCCAGAGACACCUCUGCCCAGCGUGCUGCUCACCGUGCAGCUCCUGUCCCUCCUGGUGGACCACGAGGAGCUCGUGCCUCAGCUCUGCUCCCACUCGGAGGGGUGCCUCCUCCUGCUGCUGUACAUGUACAUCACCUCGAGGCCUGACAGAGCGGCCUCGGACAGACAGUGGCUGCAACUGGAACAGGAGGCCGUGUGGCUCCUGGCUAAGCUGGGUGUGCAGAGCCCCUCGUCCCCGGUCACCGGCUCCAACUGCCAGUGCAACGUGGAGGUGGUCAGAGUGCUCACCGUGGUGCUGCACAGGCAGUGGCUGACGGUGCGGAGGGCGGGCCGGGCGCCCGGGACCGAGCAGCGGCAGCGGACAGUGCGCUGUCUGAGGGACGCCGUGCUGCUGCUGCACGGCCUGUCCCAGAAGGACAAGCUCUUCGCCGUGCACUGCGUGGAGGUGCUGCACCAGUACGACCAGAGGCCGCCCUGGAUGACCUCUGUGCGGCGGAGACCGAGGCGGACGACCCCGAGAUGGACUGCGGCUGAGCAAGAUCCAGCUGGUGUGCGCGGCCCGAGUCCUUGCUGCCUGCCUGCUGCUUGGCGCGGUGGCGGGCGCCAUGUGCUCGCAGGCCCUGCCCCGGGGGCCCAUGCAGACCCUCGUCUUCCUGGACCUGGAGGCCACCGGACUGCCCUCCUCCCAGCCCAAGAUCACAGAGCUGUGCCUGCUGGCCGUCCACAGCGCCAGCCACAGCCCUGGUGCCUGGUGGCUCACAACGGUGACCGCUACGACUUCCCCCUGCUCCUGGCAGAGCUGGCUGCGCUGGGCGUGGCCAGCGCUCUGGACGACGCCUUCUGCGUGGAUAGCAUCGCUGCCCUGAAGGCCCUGGAGCAGGCCGGCAGCCCCCCGCAGCAAGGCCCGUGGAAGAGCUACAGCCUGGGCAGCAUCUACACACGCCUGUACGGACAGGCCCCGCCGGACUCGCACACGGCCGAGGGGGACGUCCUGGCCCUGCUCAGCAUCUGCCAGUGGAGGCCGCGGGCCCUGCUGCAGUGGGUGGACACCCACGCCAGGCCCUUCAGCGCCGUCAAGCCCAUGUACGGGGUCACAGCCUCUACUGAAGCCAACUCAAGGUCAUCUGCCACAGCCACGGCACACCUGGCCAGAGCCAGGGACACCAGCCCCAAACUUGGGGGGAGCAAGAGGUCCAAGGUCCUUUCUCCAGUGAACGACCCUGAAUCCUCACCCGCGGAGGGACUGCUGGCCCCACUGGGCCUGCUGGCCUUGGUGACCGUGGCAGUGGCCACACUGUAUGGGCUGUCCCUGGCCACACCUGGGCAGUAGGCUGCAGAGGAGAGUCUGACCAAUAAAGAGCCCGCAGCACUGA